GGAGGAGCUGGAGAUUGGGAGACCGCUUGUCAUGACACCGCCGCUCAUGACACCGCCGCUCAUGACACCGGAAACUGGAAUGUUCCAUCGGAGCGGGGGGGGGGGGGCGGAAGCUACCUACGGGGUCACUGGCCUUACUUUCCGCCGUUUCGUGCUAUAUAGAAGUCUGCAAUGACGAAAUUCAAGACAAACGAGAUGUUUGAGAUGAUGGUACAGUACUAGUGUUUUAACCAGUGAAUGAACGGCUGAUAGCCUUAAUUGUACACCAAAGCCCUAUAGACCUUAGCACAGACAUAAAGAUAUAGUUAACGUUAGUCAUAAUAAAGGAACAAAGCCUCUUCCAGGCUCCGGCCGCGGAUCGGUGGUCUAAUUGUAGAAAUUGGACACAUAUAGAUAGAGUCUAUAGUACGCCAGGGCAGUCAGCCGACUAGAUACAGUGCUACCCUUGUUACAAUUGAAGUAUGAAGUAGAGGGGGGAUUAACGGGGAGAGAACACUGCAAAGCUGAAGUCACUCUGUCCGAUCAAUCACAAAGACCAUGAAUGAAGUUAAACAUCUUAUUAAAACUAAACUUGGAAAGUGUGCACUUUGUGAAUCAUAUGUUAUUUAUUGUGCAAGAAAGACGCCUACAUGGGAAUGUACUUCAGGACUGUUUUCUUAUAGAAACUAGUUGUAAUUAAGCAAGGUUUUAUUGUCUGCAAAAUGUAAUAUCUAGAAGACGUCCUUUUUCAAAUGUCAUGUACUGGUACUUUUAAUAGAUAACGCCUAAAUAUCCGAUGGACAUGGUGCACCGGUGAUCAGUGCAUUGUUUUCUUUUUGAUACCCUGCGCCCUCCUGAUGGUAACGUAACAUAUAUAUGGCAUAAAUGGUUGUCCUAGGCUGUCCUGUACACUAAAAAAGUUUAAUUUUGACAAAGUUUUUAAUUGGGGUUCAAGCCCUUGUGCCUUGUUAACUUAACACGAUGACCUGGAAUCUGGUGUGGGGUAACUACUACAUAUAUCUACACGACUUCAUGAACACUUCUGGCAAUCACCACUUUAGAAUGAUUAAAUUAUUUGGUUGUUUUUUUUGCUUAUUUACACCCAAAACUACUGUAUCAAAUUAAACAAUAUAUGCGGCUUUGCCAUGAUCGAUACCAGUGCAUUCGCAGAAACAAUGAGCACUUGUCUGCGCCUUCCCCAACUAUUUCCGCUGGGAAGUUCGUCGACAGGCAGAGAGUCCCAAAGCGCACCGCCUACGUGUGACAGAAGGCUGAGAACCGAGCUUUGCAGCCGUGUGGUUUAAUGUUAAAUUUCGUCUCUUUCCUUGUGAAGAAGAGAGAAUAUAUUGCAAUUGAACGUCGAUGCAGUAAUGAGAACCCUUCUCGUAGCUACAAACAGCAAUGGCCCGACUAUUACUGAAUAUAUGAAGUCCUGUAUUGUACACUUUCCCCCCGCUCUGGAUAGGUAUACAACCAACAACAAAGUUCACACAUAUAUUGGUACAAGUAUCAAAGUCUGGUAUGGGAGCGCAGCUUCCUCUCGCUUCUUGGUAAUGAUCACUAUGAAGGCAUGACCAAUCAGUCGUGUCCAGUCGAGGUGUCACAGUACAAAAAGCUCAUUUCUUGGAGAUUCUUUACAGACUUCCUGGUUUUCCUGCAUUACCAAAUAUAGACAUAGUAUUAGGUUACUAAGGGUACUACGUAACAAACUGUGUGUCCAUAUUUGGUACGGAGAAAACCGACGAAGACCAUUUUAGGCCUAGACAACGGUGAACAUAAAAAAUACAGAUUGUGUGACGCUGAUUAAAGGAAUGCACAUCAAAUUAAGGAAUAAUUUAGUGUAGGAGGACUUCCUGUCCUUUAGAGUAUAAAAAAGGGAGACUGAAGUGAUGUACGCGUCAAAAUCAUGUUCGCUCCAUACAAGUGCGCAUACUACACGAUCGAUGCGAACAACUUGUUUCCUGAGAUUGUUUGUGCGUAAUCAUUGACUACAACAUCGGAGAGGAUGGACAGUCACGUGUCAUGGGUGAGGACAGUGGAUGAGCUACUCGAAUCAAGUGGGACUCGGUUACCGUCAGCAAAGAGGUUGAAUAGAGUUUGUCCUUUAUGUCCCGUCACCAAAUUCAAGCCGGCAGACAGUAAGAGGAAGCUGGAGCUCCACGUGGCAACCCACGUUAAAAGAGCUGUACUAUGCAGAGGGAUGCAGGUGUGUGCAUGUUUUAAUCCAUGCAAAGGAGCAAGGCAAGAUGGACGGGGUCAUUACCACUGUCCAAUAUGUGGUGACGCUGUUUCGCGUAAACCUUGUUUUUUGUCACAUUUGAAGAGUCACAGAAAAAAAGCCUUUGAGCAAGAGGAUGAAGACCAAAAUGUAGAGCCAAGGCCUGGAACCACGCGCACUGGUCCAGAGGAAUCUGGAUCUCAUCAAGAGGGUGAGCCUGGAACCCCAUGCACUGGUCCAGAGGAAUCUGGAUCUCAUCAAGAGGGUGAGCCUGGAACCCCAUGCACUGGUCCAGAGGAAUCUGGAUCUCAUCAAGAGGGUGAGCCUGGAACCCCAUGCACUGGUCCAGAGGAAUCUGGAUCUCAUCAAGAGGGUGAGCCUGGAACCCCAUGCACUGGUCCAGAGGAAUCUGGAUCUCAUCAAGAGGGAGGGCCUGGAAUCACGCGCACUGGUCCAGAGGAAUCUGAAUCUCAUCAAGAGGGAGGGCCUGGAAUCACGCGCACUGGUCCAGAGGAAUCUGAAUCUCAUCAAGAGGGAGGGCCUGGAACCCCAUGCACUGGUCCAGAGGAAUCUGGAUCUCAUCAAGAGGGUGAGCCUGGAACCCCAUGCACUGGUCCAGAGGAAUCUGGAUCUCAUCAAGAGGGUGAGCCUGGAACCCCAUGCACUGGUCCAGAGGAAUCUGGAUCUCAUCAAGAGGGUGAGCCUGGAACCCCAUGCACUGGUCCAGAGGAAUCUGGAUCUCAUCAAGAGGGUGAGCCUGGAACCCCAUGCACUGGUCCAGAGGAAUCUGGAUCUCAUCAAGAGGGUGAGCCUGGAACCCCAUGCACUGGUCCAGAGGAAUCUGGAUCUCAUCAAGAGGGUGAGCCUGGAACCCCAUGCACUGGUCCAGAGGAAUCUGGAUCUCAUCAAGAGGGAGGGCCUGGAAUCACGCGCACUGGUCCAGAGGAAUCUGAAUCUCAUCAAGAGGGAGGGGUCUGUGAUGCAUCCAUCAAAGGUACCACCAAGCAGAACAUUCUUAGCUCUUCUAGAAAUCCGCGACACAUUAGCAAUAGGGUGGAGACUAUGCAGAAGAACAGUGAUCCGUCAAUGGCCACUUGUGGGGUGUGUAAGAAAACAAUGCAGAAAAAGAAUCUCAAGCGACACAUUAGAGAUAUCCAUGCCUCUUCCUCCAAACCUAACAUAUCACAAGACAGACAUCAUGCUGGAAUUUCAGUUGACCCACAAAGUGGCCUGUACAUGGUCAGCAAGUCAAUUAGAGGCCGUACUUAUCCCCUGCAUGUCAGACUUCAGAUGACAGGUCCUAAUCAGCAUAUCAAGUGUGAGCAGGAGGACUGCAAGGACAUUGGAGAUGCGUUUAGCAGAGGAGGGGAUGUUUCUUGGCAGUGUAGCCAUAUUCUGUCUGUCCGUUAUGCAGAGGCCACACCACCUGUAGUUAAACUUGAAGAGGCUGAUCUACAGAGAACAGACAUGACAGAGGAGCGUAAGGCGGAUUGCCGUGCUCUGAAAGUGAAAGCGGACUGUGCAAAUGCCCCAUUGGUAGUUCCGUGGAAGGCAGCUGCAGCAGACGAAGUUUUGUUCCUGUCAAUCUACGAUGGUGAACAUCAUCACUGGGCCAAACUAGGCCGUGCUGUUGUAAUGUUGCAAGGACAUACAAUCAACUGCACCUGCUGCAAAAUGAAAAGGGGAUGCGUUCACAAGGGAAUUGUCAAAUGGUGGCAUGCGAAGUACCAUCCAGCUGAAGUCUCCUCAUCUACAGAAGACAGUGAUGUGAGUGAGCAUGUCGACCCGGUUACAGAUAUGCUCAAAGAUAUGACAGCAUACCUGAAGACGAAAACAAUCCCUGCUGAUUUUGACUACAAGGCGUGUACAGGCCAAGAGUUGCUGUCUAAGUGCAUAGAGCCGAAGGAAGCAAUGUGUCCGACAUGUGAUAAUCACCCUGAGCUGCAAAAUGAGCUAGCCACAUCUGCAGCCAGGAUCAUUGAUCUGCAGGGUGUGACCACAGAUCUCAGAGUCUAUGUGAGGAAGUGUCCACAGUGCCAUCAAACGUUCCGUUAUCAAGAACAUGAGGAUGGAAUACUGAACUACAACAACAGGACAUUCUUAACACUCCAGCUCUGCUUCUGGUUACGGGCAGGUGUUCAUCACCAUGUGGCUGUGGGUAGAAUGACCUCCAUUUUGGAGACAUGGCUGGGAGUGUCUCUACCUCGUCAAGACAUCCUAAAUGGAUAUUUGCUGUUUGAGGUCCUUUGCCAACACCAAUACGACUACUCCUGCAUACGAUGUGGGCACCAUCCUCCCAUAUUAAUGAUGGAUCUAGACAGGAAGGUGGCGUUUCAUAUGGCAGCCUCAACCUUGAACACCACAGACAACUGUACGGAUGAGAUUGACCUACCAACAUUUUGGGACUGUGUUGAGUCUGAGAUUGUUGCCAGGGGAUUGCUCUCAAGUAAGCUGCAUUGUUCUGAAUCAUAUCUAUCACAAUACAUUUAGUUACAUGUAUUCCUUAAUUGAGAACUGUGGCCACAAUGUUUUAUGCUCAUACAGAUACAAAUGGCAAAGGCACACUUGUAACCCUGCUCAAUGUACAUGUAUCAUAGGGGGCCAAGAAAAUCCCUAUAAGGUGGAACCAU